GUUGCUUUGCGGGGCACCACCCCAUUUCUUAUUUUUAUUCCUCAUACCUCAAGAGCACAAACUCAAGAAUGCAGUAAAAAAGGGGGAGAGUGAACAUUAGGAAAAGACAGAUGGUCAGAUAGGAGGAGGAGAGAGGGUUGAAGCUAAAAAGUGAGCCAAAGAAACCACUGGUCUAUGAGCAAGAACUAAAAGAGAAACAAGACAGAAUGUUCUGGAAGUACGAGUCAGACCAGAGCCUUUUCUAACCCCAACACGAGGAAAAAGAAAGAGGAACAUCUGUUUGUCAACAAAGUCUUUUGACACAUCAAGACGACUGUUAUCAACAGAAGGUGGUUUGUUUUAUUGUGUCUUGUUCGCAGGAGAGGAGUUCAAUGAAACGUAUUUUGCAAGAGAAGUCUCGGCUGUGACUGCAAUAGAUUCCAUGCUGAUUUACUGGCAAUGGGAGAGCAAACAAUGUCAGGCAGAGAGUUUCUUGUGCUUUUGCUAUAUUUGUGCUUAACUGUGACUUCAGUCAAGAGCCAGGGUUUCUCCCAAGAUGCCUUUAUCAUCCAGUACCUGGAGAGGAGAUUGACUCAGAUGGAGGAGCGUCUGAACCAAUGUGAGCAAAACACAGUGAGCAUAAUGCAGAAGACCUACGAUCUCUCCUCAGAAAUGAGAGGCCAUCGGUCUACCUUCAGUGUUAUGAGAUCAGAGGUGAAGAACCAGCUGGAGAGCGUAUCUGCACGUGUAGACCGAGUGGAGCGAGAGCUGGAAUAUCUGGAAAACAAGAUGCCUGCCCAAUCUGACAUUGAGAUGGAGGAGGCGCUGCUUGAACAACAGAUAAAAGCUGCAGAAUUGGACCAGCUAAAAAAGAAAGCCAAAAUUAAAGUGGAAAAUGAUUGUAAUGCUGCCUUGAGUCAAAUCAAGUCUCUGAAAAUCAUGAAGAAGAUGGGGGACACCUCCGGCUCCUGGUUCAAGGACCCUUCUGACGGAUCGAUCAAGGUCUACAUGAUGAGCGGAAUUCGUAACGACACACUGUUGGAGUAUGGAUCUUUACAAAGCUUUUCAGAAAAGACCACCAUACCCCCGGCUAAAGUGGUCCAACUCCCAUUUCCAUGGCAAGGCACCGGACACAUGGUCUACAAUGGAUUUCUCUACUACCACAAAGCGGACACACUGAACCAGAUCCUGAAAGUAGACCUGUCGAAUGGCUCAGUGGUCGACAGCACUCUUCUUCCGGGAGCAGGUCGUCUUCCAGUCUACAGCUUGAACCCCAACACGUACUUGGACAUGGCUGUGGAUGAACUAGGUCUUUGGGUCAUUCACGCUGACCCUGAAUACGGUGGAAACUUGGUUCUAACUAAGCUUGAUAAAGGAAACCUGGCAGUCGAGUACAUCUGGGAUACACAAUGUAAAAGUCAUGAUGCUGAAGGAGCGUUCAUAAUAUGUGGCACUCUCUAUGUGGUCUUCAACACACGCUAUGGUGGACGGUCCACUGUCCAGUGUCUCUAUGACAUUCAUGACACCAUCCACAGCACUGAGAGUCCAGUGGUGUUCUUCCCAAAGCGGUACACAAGCCACAGCAGCAUCCACUACCAUCCCGGAGACAAACAGCUGUACGCUUGGGACGAUGGAUACCAGACAAUAUACAACGUGGAGACACACACCAGUGAUCAAGUUACUGCUGAAUGAUACCGUUUGCUUUUCUUUACGCCUUCACAAUUAUAAUUACACGACUAUUCAUAUACUGACUACAUGAAAAUUGUCUUUUCUCAUGACAUUUUGCUGCCAUUUGGUCAAACGAGCUAUACAUGAACAUUAUAUCACAGUAAUAAAGAGCAUUUUAAAGACGUUUGUAGAUGAGGAUACUUUUAGGUGCGUAGAAUAGCUGGAUAUCACAGAAACAGUUUGGGGGGGAAAGGAUGAUGGACAUGGACAAAGAAAGCUCUGAUGUUUGCAUUGUCUAAUAACUUCACAAAUGAUACGGUUAGAAAACAGUGCAUUUCUGAGCGGAACUGAAUUCGGAAAGCAUGCACUUUGUCUGAUUUGUACCGCAUUAGACGGCGGAGCGUCAUGGCGAGCUCAAAAUAAAUCAUGGCGCAUACA